GGAAACUUUGGAAAAGCAAAAUAUUUCGUUUGAUGAAAUAUAGGUGAAAUAUUUCACCAAACAGUGAUUAAACGUAAAAACGGUGAAAACACUGAUAAUUUUUAAAAUUCUGACAAGCACGGUAGCUUCGAUAACAUGAGUGAUACACCCGAACUAAUCGAGGUUGGUUCUGAAAUCAGCUUCCGGAAGUCGCAAGGGAUCACCGAUGAAAAGCUUAAGCGCAAAUCGCAACAUCCGGUCCGCCAAGAGUUCGAUUCCGUUGACGAUGGAUUCGAAUGUCGACAUUGCGGUUGGAAAACGACUCGAAUGAACGCAACCCGGAUGGUGAGGCACAUUAUCAAAUCGUGUCCGGAGGUUCCGCCCAAGCUUCGAGACCAGAUGAUAGAGCUAAAGCAGAGAACAGAGGACAAGUCAAAGGAAUUUAAUCUGAAACACAAAAAGAACAUGCACAAUCUGUUUCACGUAGAUAAAAAUGAUGACAGCAAAAGGAUUUGUAUAUUUUGCCAGUGGAGCACCGUUCGGAAUUUGACUCGCAUGCGGAACCACAUUCUGAACGUCUGUAAUAAGGUACCAGAGGAAGUUCAGAGACAUUUUCUGUCCCACAGUGAAGAACCAGAAGUUGAGGAAUUGGAUUCUUCGGAACCGCCUUCGUUUCAGGUUGUGAACGUUGAAGACGAAGGCGAUUGGGAUGAGCAAUUGACAGAAAUUCAGGUCAUCAAUGCAGCUGAAAUAACGCCGGAGAAAUGUUCCGAAGAUGAGGGCAAUGACUAUGAACCGGUGCAGGAGUUAAUGGAGCGUUGCUGCAGUUGGUGUGGUACCGUUUUGGCGGAUGGAAGAAGUGAAAUACUGGAAGGAAGUGAAGUUUUCUGUUCAUCGGAUUGCUACAAGAGUAAGCACCCCGAGAAAGAACUCACUCCUCCAGGAGAAAAUCGCAAAAGGUCUAGUAGUGUCCUUGCCCAUAAUGAGUCUACGGAUAAUCAAGAGCCAGCAAAGAAGUUCAAGUACGUUUUGAUCAGGCGAAACCGGAAUACGGUCAUGCCUGUACUUGUGAAAGAGGAAACUGCCCAAUCAGAGCCCAUUCCGGAUUUUCCAUGGAAACAAAUUGGUGCCGAAAACACGUUAGAGGAUCAUGGUUUUCACCAUUCGAAGCAGAUACAUGAAUCUGGAGCAGAGGGCGAACGGAUUGAGCCAGAUCUUCAUUUGGCAAACACCACACCUGUGAAAGUCAUUGUGCAGAAAGAUGUUCCAGAAUGUAGCACACCGAAAUCGACUUCAGUCGUUAACAAUCCUAGUAUAUUGCUAUCUACACCGGAAAAGGCACCAUUGCAUUUGUCGAAUCCCGCGGCACGGAUGGCCAUCAUUCCCAAGGUUUACGCUGGAAAAGCUCCAUCUACGAUGGCCUAUAGAUCGCCAGUUCAACGGGGACAGGCAGAGGAAGGUUCCUGUCAUUCGUACGCCGGAGGUCACGUUUACCCGCAGGAAGAUGUGCGCUCGGCCGACCACAAACUUCAGUGGACCAAAGCUGUUAUCUCGCGACCUGCCCCUCAAUUUGAAGCUACAGCCGUCGUCGAUGGCGCCUUCAAGAAGAUCAAACUGUCCGACUACCGGGGCAAAUAUCUGGUGUUCUUUUUCUACCCGUUGGACUUCACAUUCGUCUGCCCGACGGAGAUUUUAGCUUUCUCGGAUCGAGCCAAGGAGUUCAGGAAGAUGAACGCCGAAGUUAUUGCUGCCAGUAUUGAUUCCCACUUUACCCAUCUGGCUUGGAUCAACACUCCUCGGAAAGAAGGCGGUCUGGGCAAGAUAAACAUCCCACUGGUCAGCGAUAUCACUCACAGUAUUGCCAAGGACUAUGGAGUGUACUUGGACGAUUUGGGCCAUACUUUAAGAGGACUGUUCAUCAUCGACGAUCGUGGCAUCCUGCGGCAGAUCACCAUGAACGACUUGCCGGUGGGACGUUCGGUCGACGAAACGUUGAGGCUGGUGCAAGCAUUCCAGUACACUGACAAGCACGGCGAGGUAUGCCCGGCCGGUUGGAAACCGGGACAAGAUACGAUUGUGCCAAACCCAGCGGAGAAAAUCAAGUAUUUCGAGAAAAAUCAUUAGUGUAAAUGAAUGUGCUAAUGAAACGUCGUUUCGUCCAAAACA